CAGCCGGUCUCCUCUCAUCAUGGCCUCGGAGAUCACAUAUGCUGAAGUGAAGUUCAAAAAUGAAUCCAAGUCAGAGCCUCCUGCCGCGCCCAAAGAGAAGACAAGUGCUCACCAAGGCAACCCUGGUUUUCCCAAGCAGCUUCUUGUCUCAUUGCUGAUAUUGCUGUUGCUGGUGGCAAUCGCCUUUUUAAUUGCUUUCAUCAUUUUCUUUCAAAGGUAUUCUCUACUUCUUAAAGAAAAAAAGAAGCCAAUAGAAGUGUCGUAUAACAAAGUGAGAUGUGAGAAAAUGAAUUCGACGGUGAAAGUCAACACCCAGGAGGAGCAGAAUUUCAUCACCAGGAACCUGGAAGGAUCAUCUGCUUACUACGUGGGGCUGUCAGACCCAGAAGGGAAGAACCAGUGGCAAUGGGUAGAUGGCUCACCGUACAACGAGAGCACCACAUUCUGGCGUCCUGGUGAACCCAGUCAUCGUGAUGAGCAGUGUGUUAUGAUAAAUUCUGUUAGAGGAAGCUGGGGCUGGAAUGAUGCCCAUUGUGAUGCUCAUCAAAGAUCAAUUUGUGAGAUGAAGAAGGUCUACUUUUGAAUGGAACAUUCUCCAGGGACUUGUGGUUAGACGGAGACCCACUGUGAAAGGCACAGGUCAUUUGGGUUUUUGUUUGUUUGUUUGUGUUUGUACAUCUUUCGUAAGGGAUGCCCGUGGAACUUGUCAGUUGGCUGUCACCUAGUGAGCUUAUUAUGGGAUCAGUUCACACACCCGUUCAUUCCUAAAAUGUACGAUGUUAAGCAUUUUCUGUGUUUGAGGGACUCCCCUUUGCGGGUACAUGGAGGAAGCAUGAGAUUUCUUUCCUAAUUUCUGUGUGAUUCUUCACUACACUUGAUCUUGGCCAAAAGGUUGAGAAGCAAUUUUCUGUGUGACUAGUUACUGUUAUAAUUAGGUACCAAUAUAAUUUGAUGUGAUUCUUUUUCCUGUCUAGCUUUCUUUUUGUGGAUUGGUUAAAAGCAAAAGGAUCCCAAUAAUUGCUUUCUGUUUCUGCCAGACAGAUUAUUCCUUUUCACAAAAAGCACAUGA